UUCUUCACUCAGUCGCCGCGAUUUCUGAUUGUCAAAAAGAAACCCUAUAUCCCCGCUUUCUUCCCGGCCUUUUUCCAAUUCGUCUGCCUCUGGAUCCUUGCGGCGUAUUCAGGGUUUGUUCCGUCUACGUGAGGUUACGGUAAAAGACAUGCCUAGGGAGGAGAGUUCGAAAGCCACACGAAGAAACACGAGGCUUUCGUCUUCCGUGACUAUUGAGAACCCAGAGCCCAAUGAAUCCCACACACCAUCCGUUGAUGAUCUCACGUUUGGGGAAGAAGAAACAAUCACUCUGGACGCUCUUCUCUCCAACUUUCCGGGCAGACGCUCACAGAUUCUUGACCUGAUUCGCCUCAUGGGCCCAUUGGAUUCCCCUACUCUCCCGAUAAUGGUCUACGGAGACGCCUCCACCGGCAAAACCAGUGUGGUUCUUGAAGCGUUCAAGCAUCUCAACCGCCCCUUUGUUUAUUCGAGCUGCCGCACUUGUCACAGCCCUCGUAUCUUGUUCGAGUCGGUUCUGAAUCAGCUGCUGCUCCACAGGAAGUCUUCUUCGAAUGGCUAUUCCAGCGCCAAGCGAUGUGACAAGCCAUCUGAUUUCGUCAACUUGCUUCGAGAAGCACUUGGUAACGUGGUGGAAACUCUCGGCUCUACUUCCGGAAAACCCAUCACGGGGAAGAUGGUUUACCUCAUACUCGAUCACCUUGAUCUCAUCAAAGAGUGGGACAAAGGCAAUAUGAUUCUGCAGUUUCUCUUCAGUCUGUGUUCUGUUUUGAAGAUGCCUCAGCUUGGUAUAGUUCUCAUCAGCGGGUUGCCACCAGAUGUGUAUUACUCAAACAUGGGUUACACAGACCCUAUACCUGUUUACUUCCCUGAGUAUUCCGAAGACGAGCUUCGUCAGAUUUUCUUGAGAACUCAAGAUAAUAAUCUGAAACUGUACUCUGCAUUUCUCGAUGUUGUGUUGAGACCUUUCUGUAGGGUCACGAGGAGAGUUGAGGAACUUUCCACUACCUUCUCAUUAUUGUUCAGAAAGUAUUGUGAACCGCUUGAUGAUUUAGGGAUUUCACCCAAUGAAGACCUGAAGAGAAGGCUGUAUAGCCAUCUUAAACCGCAUAUAGCUUCAUGUUUAAAUGAGGUGUUCCGGGUCUCAAGUCACCUUCAUGAUGGCGACACCAGAGGCGAGAGAAAGCAGAAAUCGAGCUACAGUUCUGAAAACCGUGACGAGCUUGAUACAUUGGACUUGCAUAUGUCUACUUCAGCCAAGUAUCUUCUUAUCGCGGCGUUUCUGGCUUCAAGAAACCCAGCAACGCUAGACGCCUCGAUGUUUGACUCCACAGGGGGCAUGGAUAAUCGUAAAAGAAAGCGGAAGGCCUCUGAGAAAUCGAUGGAGAAGAAGGAAAUUGCAGAGCAAGAAGCAGUCAUGAAAGGGCCUGGAAGCUUUCCACUUGAGAGACUAUUGGCGAUAUUCCAGUGUAUUGCCUCUGUAGGAGAUUCUUCACUUGGCGAAGAGGAAGGAGGAGAAGACGAAGGAGAAGAAGCGACGGGUUACGACAAAGAGAAUAACAAUCUGAUGUCAUGUGUUCUGCUUCAAGUGUCAAGUCUUUGUGAUGCAAACUUUAUAACCAAAAGUGGAAGCUGUCCACUAGAAGGUUCUAUUAGAUACCGUUCCAUGGUGUCUGAAGAUCUGGCUCUGAAGGUUGCGAGAAGCCUCAGCUUUCCACUGGCCAAGUACUUGUACAGAAGAUAAUAUGUGAAAUUCAUAAGUUUUUGAGUAAGAAACUUACGGUUACACCAAAGUGUGCUCUUCUCUUGCAUUGUAGAAUUUAGCGAAUGAUUAUUGCAUCAGAGACUUUAUAGAUGAGAAGCAAUCUCUCAGAUAGCUAUAUGGUCUGUAAAUUAUCUGUGGAUGAUCUACUUUUUUGUGUGCGUGUAAACUUAGCUUUUAGCCAACUCAAUAGAGGAAGCAGAGAAAUACAGAUUUACUGGAAAUAAUUAAUGUUAAAAGGCCUUAAA